UGAAACGCAUUCAACGGCUCGUCAGGUACAGCCUGAUAUAUAUCUGAAACACUGACUUCAAAUUAACUCAGAAAUCCAAAUUUCUCUUUAAAACUAAAAAAGCCGUUUAAAACACGACCACUUAAUUAUUGCAGCUUUUCUGGAUUUGUCUAUUGAAAACGUGAAAUAUUUACUGGAAAUAUUUUUGGAGAAUUUCUAGUGCAGAAUUUUUUGGUGUGACUUAUCAGUUACUUAACGGAAAGGUUAAUAUAUAUAUAGUUGUUGGAACAUGGAAAGCUCCAACAUUGGUUUUGUUUUUUUCCUUGCAUUUAACGUCGUCAUCCCAAGAGCCUUUUGCCUAGAAUGCUAUUCGUGCAAGUCACAUGUUUCAUGGGAGGACUGUGAAGAAAACAAAGCAAUAGUGGUCUGCUCAGAUCCAUCAUUGGAUACCUGUGUUAAAGCUCACCGCGCCUUUGUUCAGCUGAACGGACAAGCAACGCAACGUUUUCAAAAAUAUUGCUUUAAUUACGGCGACUGCAACAAGAAAAGCUGUAUGGAUACCAACGAGGUAAAGAAAGGAAGCUGGUGUGAAAUCGAAUGCUGUAACACAACACUGUGUAACACCGGUGUCACGCCAUUGGCAAGAAAACGUAAUGGGAGUGGGAGUCACAUGGCAUUUGCUUCAGCCAAUCAGGUUGUUAUCAUGAUGUUGAUUGCUUUAGUAUUUGUGUUCUAGCUGGUUAGCAUGCAGUUACAUCAUCAAGCAUGCGCAGGUUGAGAUGAUGAAUACUCGUUACCAGUUCCUUUCAAGAGACUAAAAAAAUCAUCUUAAAAGUGUGUAUACCGCUGUUUACCUUAAACAAGAACUCAUUUAUUAAGAGUAACCUAAUGGCGAAAUAUUCACAAAUGCUAACAAUAUUAAACUAAAUAUUGUAUUUUGAUAUUAGCUUUGUUAAGAUCUUCAUGUAAAGCAUCGUGGACAUUCCGCUAAAGUUAUGUUUUUUGGCAAAAUAGAGCUUAUCUUAUUGAAUCUUGACAUUUCGUCAAAUUGUACCAUUAAAAGAGAAAAAGUCCUUCAAAAA